AUGGCCACUUCAUGUUUAGCAAGUAGCAUGAUUAUUGGCAAUGACACUACAAAAAUCAUUCCAUCAAGAGUUACCAUUCUUCCAAAUGAUGGUGAUUCAUUCUUCCAACAACAAAAUGAAAACCAAGGAUACAACCUUUUAACAGUAUUUGAUAUCCCUCGAUUCAACCAAUCAGUUGAACUCGACCCAUUCAAUGCAUACAAUAUUCGUGAUGAAUGUAAAACUGAUAAUGAAAAUAGUGACGAACCAUUUCAACUAUGGCUAACCAUCGUCAUUUUCGGAUGUAUCAUUGGUACUAUUAUCAUCAAGAAUCUGCAGAACCAAAACCCAGUUGAACCUGCUGAAUUAAAGACAGUUCCAACUUAUGAUAUUUGUCUUGAAGCUGAAAGAAAGAUAGAAGAUAUUGACCAAUUUUAA